UGUAAAACAAAGAAUUAUAUCCGAUGUCGCUUGAACAUCAACGUACUUAUAAUUGUUCGUUUCUAUUAUACGACCUUGUGACGUCAUAUCGCCACCUGGCCAUGUGUAACAAACAUACGUCAUUCAUUUUUAUAUGCGACUGUGCAUGCACAGCAGUAAGCAAUAACCACUUCAGUUGAGUGAAACGGCAAAUACUCCAGUUUUCGAUAACCUCCGUGCCGUUAAGUGCUAACGCCAGUUCCGUGCUCCCGCGUUUACAUAACUCCGACGGAUUGACUGCCACAAUGGCCAGCGAAAGUCAACUUGAACAGCUGUUCCGUGCUUGCGACAAACGAGGGACAGGUCACAUAGGACCAUCGGAAUUCCGCGAUUUAUGUGCUGGUUUUGACAUAGAUACCGUUGACUCCGAUGCAAUAUUCGCUGACCUAGACCAUGACGGUGAUGGUCAAGUAAGUCUCGAAGAUUUCGCAUGGGGCUUUAGAGAUUUCUUAACGCCCGGUUCAAGGCGAAGUUCUGUGCAAGUCAGCAGUGAAUCUCCUGUGAGAGGAAUAACUGUGACCAAUGAGGAAGCAAUGAGACGUCAAGCAGCAAUAGACAGACGUCACUCUCAAGCGAGAAUUGCUUGGUCCCAUCUAGUGGCUGGAGUUGGCGAAGUCAACGUUCUUACAUUCCUCAAUAAAAGUGGGCAGAAGCUAGCAGAACUAUAUGAAGAACUGAGGACAACAGACACAGCCCAGCAUCUGGUGGCACAUUUUGAGGAAGCUCUUGGCAGUAUGUUACAAGAAGUUAAGAAAUUAUAUGACGACAACAAGAAGAUGGAAGAAAUGUUUGUACGUGAAAAGGAAAAUCAUUUAACACAUCUACGAAAUCUGGAAGAAGAACUUGAUGCACAAGUAGCGCACAUCGAAGCACAGGCUCGUGAAGAAGCUAGAGCCAAAUUUGAAUUAGAGAAACGUAACAUAGAGGAAAAAAUGGAAGCUGAAACAACAGAAUUACAAGCGCAUCUAAGACUCUUUCAAAAGCUGAAUGCUGUUUUAAGCCGAGGGCGAAAUGAAAAGCACAGUUCACCAUCACUUGAUAGCGGACAUGAUGUAGCCUCUGAGAAUCGAGAACUGAGAAAUAUGUUGGCUGACACAAAGACAAAUCUAGCUCUACUUCAUUCUGAAAUGGCACAACUUCGAGCUGAAUAUGAAGAAAAGUGUCACGAGCUCAACUGCCAACAAGAAACAGUGAUGGCUUACAUGCAUCAGAAUGACCAUGUCCACCGUCAGCUUCAGUUACUGCAUGAAGCCAACACCAAACUACAGGAUACCAAUGACAGUUUACUUACUGUUAUGGAUAUAUCAGGUCUCAGAUCCCCUCGACCAACUUCCCCUUACUGCUGCAGCCGUGCCAGUUCAACAGGGUCACCUGUUGCUCUAUCAGAGAGCAGGAAAUGCAAGAGGUAUGCACUUCAGAAAUUCAGGAGUCCUUCUGGUGUACUGGAAUUACCAUUAAAAGAAUUACUUUAGCAUAAUUUAAAUUUGUAUCUGAUUUGAUAAUUUAAUGACUAAAUAGUGAAUCAAUUGAACAUCCAUACAGAUGACAGCAGAAGUGAGUAAUGUGUGUGUUGGAUAUAGAAGAGUCAGUGUUGCACUGCGUUCAUACUGAAUAGCAUUGUACUUCCUGUGUGCAGUAAGUGCAGAUUUUAUGUUUGUAUGAAUGUUUUGACAUUGAGUACUCACAUAUUCUUGUGUUAUCUGAUGACUUGGUGGGGCUGGGGCUCACGAGCCAGCUUUUGUGCACCCACCAUUCACUGAAGGUUUCACACCUCCCUUUUUUCACAACACUUCAAGAACUGGUGAGAGCUUAGAAGCGCAGGAUUCAUCUGGGAAUAUUAUGUACGUAAAACAGUGGUUGCCGACCUGAAGUGAGACCGUCUGGAGUUUGGUCUUUGUGAAUGCGGGUACCUAGCACAGACACAUGUUGGAGUAGAUGUGUAAUCGUGCAUCUCAUGAAUCACAAGCGAGUUUCGUUUCAAGAUGCAAGGAAAGGACAGAGCAGUGAUGGAGCAGAAGAAUUAUAAUGGGCAGAGGUAAGCUGACAGCAAGAUCUUAAGUGUCUACAGACUGUGACAUACUAACUUUCCCUUAAUAGUCAACAUUG